UCUCCCUGAUCUAGCGUCUUCGUCUGAGCUGAGAAGAGUGUGAGGAGGCCUCAGUACCCAAACCAAAAAUGGCGUCGAAGCUUUCAAUGCUUAGGAGCAGUAGUGAGAACAUAGCCUGCAUUUUCGGCAUCAGGAGGUGGAACCACAUCGCAGCAAUUCCUCCGUCCUCGGAUGGGGCCAUUCAACGGACGAUGAUUUCAUCGCCACCGUUCGCGCUGCCAGAGUUUUAUCGGGAGACUGAGAAGGAUAACAAAGUCGGAUUCGGGUUGCCCAGUUUUCUGUUCGGUGGAUCGAUGGAGCUCAUGGCUGUCCCCAAGAGGAAGACUACUCCCCACAAGAGAGGCAUAAGAAAUGGCCCGAAAGCUCUGAAGCCUGUUCCUGUGAUAAUCCGAUGCAGGAGCUGUGGUCGAGUCAAGCUGCCACAUUAUUAUUGUUGCAGUGGACAUAGGGGAAAUACCGGUGAGCGGGAGGUAUAGAGAUUAGGAUGGGAAGUUGAAACUGUUAGAUUUUUUCAGAAUUGAUAUGGAGCAUUCUGUUUCUGAGUUCGUUCUUUUGAAAUUUGACUAUGCUACAAAAUCUUAAGUGGAUAUUAGAUCUUCACUUGGUUCAGAUUUUGCUGGUGUUUCUACUGAAGAAUACGGAACGAGACUAAGUGUGGAUCAUGAGAGGGAGAGAUAGAGAGGGACACAAGCAUGUAUAGUGGUUCACCUUGCCCUUGAGGCAAGGCUACGUCCACUUAGAUAUUUUACUAUGUAGUGAGGCCAAGUGACCUUAAUAGUGAUACAAGUAUAGGGAUCAUGGAUCCAUCCCUUCUAAGAAGGGGAGGACUUCCCUUUAUAGCUAAGGGAAGUCCCCAUCUAUUUUAUAUUUCCGAUAUGGGAUACAAUGUACAUAUUGCUUCUCUUGAAGCCUCUUGGAGAGCAUGGGAGGGUGGCCUCCUAGCAAGGUACCGACCGACCUCCACCAUGACAACGUAGCUCGGGUGUCGGCCUACCGGAUGCAUGCCAUAGGCGGGGCUAGCCAUGUCGUGGGGCCCACCUAUGAGGUCGUUGAUUAUGCUUGGCGGUAUGUAAUAUAGAUGGU